AUUCGCUUUUGCUUCCACUUGUUCUACAAGGCACGCCUGUGCUUUUGUUCCUUUUUACGUGGCUUCGCCCACCUUCGAGCAUUUCACUCCUUUUCGACACUCAGCCCUGACCUGGUUUUGGAUCUCCUGGGUUUUAUGCCAGUUUGGUCAUCAGUAUCUGGUGCUGUCCCAUAUCAUCCAUACUUUUUUCGUUCCUUUUCUCUUCUCACGACACUGAUCCUGACUUUUCUACUCCGGCCCGCCUCAGGAAAGGCAGAUGGCGGAGAGAAAAGCAGGACAACUUUGAACUUUUUUCCCUUCUCAUUUUCUGCAUCAUCCUGCGUGGUUGGCGCAUCGGCUAGGCGGCGUUCAAAUCAACAGUUCCAUCGAGAGAUGUUUGAGCAUCUUUGGGUUUCCAGUGAGGCGCAUUCCAAGUUUGUCGGAUACAUUUUGUCUCUUUCUCUUUGCGGACCCCAUGAUGCCCAUAAUUGUUAAUGUCAAUAGAAUAUACCUUUCAUCCACCCUAGCAAGCGGGAUUGAACGCGAGAUAGGGUGGGCUGAACAAAAAGAAUGAUGAUACUCACGGUGAAUGAGUGGGUUUGUAACUAGUUAGCAUUGUUGACUCUCACGAGUCUUCCGAAGUCAGAAGUCAAAUGAAUGGAUUCUCA